ACUUGUUAAGGGUUACUCUGCAUUUUACCUUAUAGGGUCACAGGGAUCUUAGAGGGUAACGCGAUCAUCUGAAUUUCUACGAGGGUGGUGGGAAGGUGGUGGUGUGACCGUGUGGUAAUGGUUUGUGGCCUUGUGGUGGGGUGGGUUGAGACAGGAAUUAUGAUUUACGGCGGUUGUAGCUUCUGUGUCAAGAGCUUCUGACCAAACCCCAGCAAAAAAGCAGCAAGCUUUGAAAGCAAAAGACCGUUUUUCUGGGUGUGGGUGGGUGUGGAUGUGGGUGUGGAGAAUGAUGGGGACAUGCACAAAUCCAAGCUGAGGGUGAGGGGAAAUACCCAUUUGUUAUUUUCUGUUGCACUUUACCAAAUUUCGAAGGCUUCUAUCUUUGCUUUUCUUCUUCUGGAUAUGAUUCCUUAGCUGUUGUACUGUAUGCAUGUUGUGGAAAUACUUUUCAUGUGGAUGGAUUUUUGGAUUUAGUUUGCUGGAAUUUGAUUUUGGGUGUUUCGAGGUUGAAAGGGGUUUGAAGGUUGGGAAAAUGAGUUUGAUCUUUAUGCUGGUGGCUGGUUUUGCUUCUUCUUCUUCCAUUUUUUUUUUUUUUUGGGUGAGAAUUUGCAUGUUUGGGACCUUUGGGUUGUUGGGUACAAAUUUUCAGUUCACACUCCUUUUUCUUUUCUGGGAGGGUACCAGGGGUGAUUUCACAUCUGGGUUGUUGUUAUAGAAAUGAAUCGAUUGCACUCUUUUUUUGACUCCUUUCUUUUUUUUUUAAAAAAAAAAGGGAACUCCUUUUCUUUUGGUAGAUGAUUCACAUAUUAAAGUCUCUCAUGUUGAAUUAAGUUAGUUUCUAUAUAAGUUAGUCUUUUUAAUUUCUAUGUUUCUCCAAUUUGGGCUUUGAAGUUUGGAUGACUAACGAUACUUGCUAUAUUUGCUAACUUAUCUUUGUUUCAAUUGCCAUUUUACCUUGAAUGAUGAAAGUGGAUUAGCCUUUCUUUUUCCCCUCUGUUACUGUAGUCAUUUCGGUAAAUCUACUACUUUUAUCAUCAACAUAGCGCCUACCUUCUCGUCCAUAGAACGGCCACCUGGGGAGAAAGUGGGGUUGGUUUUAUUGAAGAAAACAAGCAUUUAGGAAAUUGAUUGGCUUCUAUUUAUUAAUUUUUCUUCUCUUUGUUUUAUAUUGAUGGAAUACUAUGUCUGCAUGGAUGUAUUAUGAUCUGACCAGAAUUGCAGUUAGAAGGUGUAUCUUAGUGAAUUGGAUGUUUGGAUUGAUGGUAUGUGCAAAUAAAACUUGGGUUGAUGGUUUGCGUAAUGUGGGAGAGCAUUCUUGGUUUUGGGCUAAUCUAGUUAACCAGUUGGAUAAAUAUUUAUGCAAUUCCUUUCUUCAGAGGGCAGGAUUCCAUUCUGCAUCUUGAUGACAUUUGGAUUAUGUACCACAUUGAUACUGUGCUGAAUUUUAUACUUUUGGUGGGGGAUAACUGGCAGGGGGAGAGGCAGAGAAGAGGAUGCGUGGUAUAAUUUGAUUGGGGAAAAUAGUUUUCAUUGAAAUUAACUAGCUUAGUGUGU